UCAUAGAUAAAGAAAAAUGGGGAAAUGCCCUGUUAUGAUGAUCUUCCUAGCUUCUUCUCUCCUUCUUUUCCUUCAAACCCUCGAAGUUGUUAACGCCGACUUGUGUUUCGGGAGCUCCUUCAACGGCAACGGCAGCUACGCUCAGAAUCGCCGCAAACUCUUCUCGAAUCUUGCUAAUAAAGUCGUUAGUAACGGCGGAUUCUACUACGCUUCACUCGGCCAAAACCCAAACAGAGUUAACGCCAUUGUCCUCUGCGCAAGAGGCUACAAGCGACAAGAUUGUUUGAGUUGUGUCGAAACUUUGGCUCAGCUCACACAAAGUACUUGUCUAAACCGCACGGAUUCCUUCAUUUGGGGAAAUAACAAUGAAGACAGUGUUUCUUGUCUUGUACGUUCCUCAAACCGUUCAACUUUCGGAAACCUCGAGCUUAGACCUCAUGCUACAUCGCCACAUGAAAAUCGCAUCGACCCAUCUAGAAACAUGACCCUUUUCAUGCAAGAGUGGGAAGCAACGGUUAAUCGGACCCUGGAGGCUGCCACAAAAGCUGAUACUUCCUCGGUACAUAAGUACUAUAGUGCAGUAGAAGCCGGGUUCACGGAGUUUCCCAAUGUUUACAUGCUGAUGCAAUGCACACCCGACAUAACUUCCGAAGAAUGCAAGAGAUGUUUGGGAGAUUGCGUGACGUUCUAUAGAAGACAGUAUCGGGGAAGACAAGGAGGCAUGGCUAGUUUUCCGAGCUGUUUUUUCAGGUGGGAUCUAUAUACUUUCCAUGGUGCGUUUGAUAAUGUCACAAGAGUUCCUGCGCCUCCUCGACCGCAUGCACCAGAAAUGGGGAGCUCUAUAACUGACAAGAAAGGAAGAAGCAUAUGGUAUACGAUAAUUGUGGUUUUUACUUUCAUCAAUCUUUUGGUAUUUAUUGGUUUCUUCAAAGUCAAUGCUCGGAGGAGAAAAUUAAACAAAAGAAUCAAUGGUGAGUGUACCUUUGUUUCUUGCAUCAAUCAACCUGAUGAUAUAGAGAAUAAGACUUAUUUACUUUUUCUUUAUUAUAUAGUUGGAAGUGCAGAGUACUCUGAUCCUGAUGGUCAAUUUAUGUUACGGUUUGAUCUUGAUAUGAUCUUAAUGGCAACCAAUGACUUCUCGUCUGAAAAUAAGCUUGGCCAAGGUGGAUUUGGUACGGUCUAUAAGGGGAUAUUACUAAACGGGAUAGAGAUAGCGGUGAAGAGAUUAACAAGAGGUUCAGAAGAAGGAGGUAUGGAGUUUAAGAAUGAGGUUUCACUCUUGACAAGACUCCAACAUAAGAAUCUGGUUAAGCUGCUUGGUUUCUGUAAUGAAGGCGAUGAAGAGAUUCUUGUCUACGAGUUUGUCCCCAACUCAAGUCUUGAUCACUUUAUCUUUGAUGAAGAGAAGCGUUCGCUUCUUACAUGGGAGGUGAGGUUUAAAAUUAUAGAAGGCGUUGCUCGAGGUCUUGUUUAUCUCCAUGAAGAUUCUCAGCUGAAGAUUAUUCACCGAGACUUGAAGGCUAGCAACAUCCUUUUAGACGCUGAGAUGAACCCUAAAGUUGCAGACUUUGGGACAGCAAGGUUGUUUGACACUGAUGAGACUCGAGCUGAAACAAGACGAAUUGCUGGAACCCGUGGAUAUAUGGCUCCUGAAUACCUGAAUCGCGGGCAAAUCUCAGCUAAAUCUGACGUUUAUAGCUUCGGUGUUAUGCUUCUAGAGAUGAUAAGUGGACAAAGAAACAAUAGCUUCGAAGGAGAAGGACUUGCAGCUUUCGCAUGGAAGAGAUGGAGAGAAGGAAGGUCUGAGAUUAUAAUUGAUCCUUUCUUGGUGGAGAAUCCGAGCAACGAGAUCAAUAAAUUGAUCCAUAUUGGUUUGUUGUGUGUUCAAGAGAAUGCAACAAAGAGACCAACCAUGAGCUCUGUAAUAGUUUGGCUUGGCAGUGAGACUAUCACCAUUCCUUUACCUACGGCUCCUGCUUUCACAUGGAAUCAAUCCCAAUCUGAAGAUGGUACAAUGUCAAUGAGCAAUAUCUUCACUGAGUUGAGUUCUCGUUGAGUUAUAAAUUUGUGUUAAUCAAUAUAUUGAAGAGAGUAUUUAAGAGAGUAUCUGUUUUAAAAGAGUAUUACAACUAUAAAUAGAUAAUUUCUAAAACCCUCUACAUAGAAU